AUGGAUUCACGAAAAAAAACCACGACUAAAAAAGAAGCAUUCUCAGCAUUAACAACAUUCUAUUUAUUUAUCUAUAAUGGUAUUCUUACUGUUGGGUGGUCAUUUAUCUUGUAUGCAACAGUAAAUCAGGUAAUGACCUAUAAAUCAGUGGGUGAUUUGUGGGAAUGUCGUGGACUUUGGAAGGCUAUUGAAUUACAACUUAAAAUUUGCCAAACAGCAGCUUUUCUUGAAGUCAUACAUGCCAUGUUUGGUCUUGUUCGAUCAAAUCCAAUGAUUGUGUUAGUUCAAAUUAUGUCUCGUGUUUUUCUUGUUUGGGGUGUUGCUAAUUAUAUUCCACAAACUCAAUUUUCAGUUGGUAUUUUAUUAGCUGUCGUAGCAUGGAGCAUUACAGAAAUUAUUCGAUAUGCCUAUUAUGUUCUUAACUUAUUCCAAGCUGCUCCUCAAAUUCUUACAUGGUGUCGAUACACAUUUUUUAUUAUCCUCUAUCCAAUGGGUGUAACAGGUGAACUAACAACAAUAGCAAAAGCCAUGCAAACAAUCUAUCCCGAAGUAUUUCGAAAUCGAUAUUCAAUUCUUUUACCAAACAAAUUCAAUUUUGGUCUUGAUUAUUUUUAUUUUCUUGCCGUUGUUGUUUGUGCUUAUGCGUAUUUUCCAACGAUGUACAAGCAUAUGUUUAAGCAACGUGCUAAGACCUUGAAUACUUCGCCAUCAAAAAAGGUUGAUUAA